UCAAAGAACUAAGCAAACCAGACCGAGCUGCAUUGUCUAUGGGAGAACCUCCCCGUUAAGCAGACCGGAACGGAGCAUUUUAUUUCCAAUGGUAAACGGCUUGAGUGAACUAUCUUUAUUUUUCCAUCAUCUUUGGCGUUAGUACAUUUCACUUCUCUCCUCGGAUUUUGACAGCGGGACUGAUACGUUUUCAGAAAAUAGGAUUAAAGCCACUCGCUAAGAGUGUUGCCGUUGACUAGGGCCUGAGCCAUUUCACCAGCCUUGUUUUGUUGUCUUCAAGACGUCUAUUUUCUGCAUACCCAGAAUGACACAGAUUGGAUUAAACACAGAGGACUGAUCCAAAGAGGUGUGUCACGAGCAGGUAAAACCGAGAGCCUGGGGCAAAGAAGAAAGACAAGACAAGGAAUGAUGACUUACAACAACAGAGAACUGGUGGUAUACUAUAUUACCUAUAAACUAUCACAGAGAGACUACCCCUUCAACCACAUGGAGCUCACAGAAGCCCAGAAUCGGACUGAGGGGGGACAGGUGGAAGGGGAUGCGGCAGUCAUGACAUACGUCAACGGGACGAGUCCACCACGGCAGUCGCCCCCCUCCUCCCCUCGGCGGACAGCGGGCCUGGACGCAGUGAAAGAGGCAUUGCGGGACUCUGCCAACGAGUUUGAGCUGCGUUAUGCCAGAGCUUUCAGUGACCUGUCCUCCCAGCUACACAUCACGCCGUCCACAGCCUAUCAGAGCUUUGAGAACGUGAUGGACGAGGUGUUCCGCGACGGUGUCAACUGGGGACGGGUGGUGGGCCUGUUUGCCUUCGGAGGGGCCCUCUGUGUAGAAUGUGUGGACAAGGAGAUGAACCCCUUGGUGGGAAGGAUCACAGACUGGAUGACCGUCUACCUGGACAACCACAUCCAGCCCUGGAUCCAGAGCCAAGGAGGAUGGGACCGGUUUGCAGAGAUCUUUGGGAUGGACGCUGCAGCCGAGAGCAGGAAGUCUCAGGAGAGCUUUAAGAAGUGGCUUCUGGCGGGGAUGACCCUGGUCACAGGAGUCGUCGUAGGGUCACUCUUCGCUCAGAAACGCCUGUGAGAACGACAGCCACAACAGACGCCGUCUUGUAGGCGGGGAAAUGAAGGAAUUGGUUGACUUUUCUUAUUUCUCCUUUAAUUUCCAAGAAAAUACAUUAAGUUUGAAUCUUACAUCCCACCAUACACUGAGGACUCUGACAAACUGUUGAAGAGAGCGUGAUGGUCACCUAUGUUACCCUCAUCAAAGACCUCCCUGCAACACCCUAAAACACAAGAAAAUGGAGGGAGGAAUCUAGAAGUGUCUUGGGCCAAAUCUUCCUCUUUUUCCUUUUGUCUACUCUUUCCUGUUCACCUUUUCUCCUAUUGCUGUAUUAAUUAGUUUUUACAAAUGUAAAAGUGAUUCAGAAACAAGCUAGCGCAUCAUAUUAGGCGCAUUGGCCUGAAAUUAGUGAGGUAAUUUAAUUUGUCGUGUGUUGUUCAUUGGUUUGUUUUUAUUUUUAUUAUUUUUUACCAUUAAAACCCACGUGAUCAUU